AUGACAAUUGAACUAAAUCUUCGUGGAAACAUGCUGUUUAAUCCAUUAGAGCUCAACCUUCCUUCAACGUCCAAGCUACGUAUCUUGAAUCUGGAACACAACUUUAUCUCAGGAUUGGACUUUAGUCUUCCAAACAACAUAGAGGUUCUCUUACUGGCAGAAAACAAUAUUACAAGAUUCUUUAAUAAUCCGCCGUCUAAUGUCAAGACCUUCACUUUAUCUCAAAACCCAUGGCGAUGUGAUUGUGAUUCUCUACCUUUUAGAAAGUGGAUUAUAGCCCAAAAUUCUACAAUUUUAGAUGUAAACGAGACCCGAUGUAGCUUUGAAGAAGACAGAGAAAGUCUGAGAGGGAAAGUAAUAAUUACUCUGAGUGAAAUCGAGCUUUGCCCUAAAUUAAUACGGAACUAUAACUUAAUGAUAGCGGAGGUAUCGG